AUGCACAAUAAGCUACCUGUACAUACAGCACAAAGAAAAGAGAAGAAGGAGGUUACUGAUAUUAUGAAACCAACAAGCAUGCUAGAAGUAGCUGAUCAGAGGUCCUUAAUUGAAUUGGUACAACGUAAUAAGAAGAUUGGUUUUCUGUACAUGACAUAUGCUGUACCAAGGUCAUCAAAAUUUUUCACCCCUUACUGCUUAAGAGUGGUUCCAUACAAAAAUAUUGAUAAGCAGAAUUUUCUGACAAUAAGUUCAGAAGGAGUGACCCAAUUUUAUCCUGGUGAUAUGGUAUUUACUAGUCUUCAGCAGUGGGAAUAUGAGUAUGACAGAUAUUGUAACUUGAUAUUAAUAAAAACAUUCUCUAUGUUUCGCAUGUGGAAAGGCUUUUAUGUCUGGAGAAAGAAUGUAAAAUGGAAGAAAAUUCAUGAUGCAAGAAAAUCCCUUAAUGAACUGCUUUUCUUGCUGAAUCCAGCCUUACGUAAAGCAUUACUAGACGUUCAGCUUGCUUGUAAUAAGAUGGUUGAAGUAUAUUUCACUGACUUUAGUAAUAAGGAAAAGAAUAUCUUAUUUGAAUUCAUGAAUGCUCAGAUGAAAAACCUGGUUAUAGUUCGUGAACAGUUACUUGAAUAUAGAGACAUAGUUAAAGAACUUAUUAAUUGUGCUUGUCACAAAGCGCUCCUGUCUGUUGGAUUCACCACAGACGAUCACAAUUUCCUGAUUCAGCCAACUUCAUCAGCAACAAGUGGAGCAAAACGCAGUGCUAAUUCACAGUUCCAGAUGUCUUACAUGAAGCAGAUCAAUAAGCGACGGUUCUGCACAAGGCUUACAAGUUUCAUACAUUUAAUCGAUUUAAUGAUGGUGGGAAUGUUACAUGUUCUUGUGGUGAGAUCAUUGCUUGACCUAGAUAAAACAUUACAAAUGCACCUGCACUUUUUGCCUAAUGAUGAGGCUCUGAAUUCUUUGGCUACAGAUGUUAACAUUGCUCCUCAGAGACCCUCCAGCAUCCCUCAGCUACCUCUCUUUAUUAUUAACCUUCUCAUUGAUGAGCACACAUUACUACUUGAUCCUCCUGAGCGUGCCUAUAUUGAGUCUCUAAGUCAGUUGAUGGACUUCUGGGAAGAAACAGUAAUAAAUAUAAACACGUUUCUUCCAGAUCCAUAUUUCAAACCGUUCACUGAGCCCAUGAUAUGUGGAAAAGCAGAAGGAAGACUCUGUGGUACAGGACCUGAAAUUGAUGUCAUCCUGAAAGAAGACAAACAUCGUCUUGAUAUUCGCACAAAUAUUAUAUUAAGCAUUCAUAACAAUUUUGAAGCAAUUAAUAAAUAUAUUCAGAGAUUUCAGUUUAUUAGAGAAUUUCACACUGUUAACACAGCAACUGACAUGGAAUCUAUAACUAAUGAAACAGGUUAUUGCUCCAACAAUUAUAAAUUGAGUUACUUCCUUUAUGGUAUCUGCAUACAUUUUGUGCAAUAUGUUGGCAAUUCACGAGGCAUCAUGUUAACCUUCUUCUGUUCUGUAAUAAUGAACUAUUGUAUGUGUAAGGACAUCACUACAGAAGUUCAGUUGGCUUUCAGAAACUCAAUAUGUGUGAAACUUGUAACUUCUUUUUCUGACAGUUAUUUAACUGAGCCUUGCUUAAAAUUUUUAACACAAAUGCUAAGUGGUUCUCCGUUGUUGCCCACCUUGUGGGCAAAAAUUGUGCUGAUGCCAUAUAAUGAAGUGCAAACUUCAAGUGCUAUUCAUUUGCUUAUAUCAAAGAGUAGCUGUAGGGCUUCUGAAGGGGAGGCACUGCUACAACUUAUAAAAGCCUGCAUUUGUGCUGAAUACCACGAAUUUCUUUGUUUCAUUGCCAAGACGAAGUUUAAUGAAAAAUAUGUGGUGGUUUCUUUGAAUCUGACUGUCGAAAAAGCAAUAUUUUCAGCUAUUCAUUAUCAACCACUUAGCGCAUUACUUCGGCAUGCUAGGGCUGUCGUGCCAUCUCAGUUGUGCUCUGAAUUGUUUAUGCUCAUGACACUGAGUGACAUGAACUAUAUAAGCCUUUACUUCAUCUUCAUGCGUAUCAGAUUCGAACCUGUUAAUUUGAUCCUCCCAGCAUUUUCAUUUUCCUUGUUGUCCCAUUUUUCUAAUGUGUCCAAAAUGCUCUAUUCAGUCAUGAGAUCAUUUCAUCCUUCAGCUCUUUAUGAUGUGAUUCAAGUAUUGAAAACAGUAUUUGCAUCCAAUUUGGUGCCUCUACCUUGCCACUUAGCCUUUCAACCAGCAUUGCGAUGUAAUGCAGGCAGCAGCAGCAAUUAUGGUUGUGAGAAUGGUGGUGAUAUUGCCUACUGGAGUAGCUCAAGGGAGGGCUGGGUACUAGUGAGCACAGGCAGUAACUUACAGUUUCCACAUUCGCGAGGAAAUCUUAACAGUGUUCACACACUGGUUUUGGCAUAUGUCACUGUGGUAUCCUUUUCCCGGCUGAUGCACUAUAUGUGGGGUGGAAAGGAAGUAAUGGAACUGGGCUAUUGUAUUCUUUGCUUCUUCAUUAUGACUGUCAAUCCUUUUUCAUUCUCAAUGACACUGUGCAUGGAGUCAAGUUCCAGAGUUGUUGUUCCUUCCUUCAAUGAAUUCCAGUACUUGUUGACACUGUCAGGGGGUUAUUUGUCUUGUAAAGUGUUAGUACAUUCAAAUGAUAGCAUUUCUCCUUUUUUGUUUACUGUAUUUAAAAUAAACAUGAAAUAUCAUGAGUAUGUGCAGUCAUUUAGUAUCAGUAUUGAAAUGAUAGCUAAUGUUGGUACAUCAGUCACCAUCUGCAUGAAGAUAAAUCAAAGAUUGCCAAAAAUCACUUCAUAUACUCUUCCUCUUUCCUGUUCUGUCUCUUGGUAUGGCUUUGCUGGAUUCCUGAAUGCCUUCCAGAACUAUGUGGAUGAUUGCCUUGAUAUCUCAUGUGAAAAUCUCUGGGGAAAAUUUGUGCUUGUUCUUUCUGACUGUUCUCACAUAGGUCCAGCGCCUCGUAGUGGCAGUGCCCUGCAGUUGGCAUCUGAGGCAGAGGAGAUGGCUCUGGUAGCAGUACUGGUAGCAGUAUUGGAGAAGCUGCACCAGCUUCAUUCACCAGUGAUGAGGGAUCCCUUACAUGUCUUCUCAGCGACACAGCUACCUCAAGUGAUCCAUCGAGCGACGCAGUCUGCCUUAGUGAUGUCUGUGUCCUGGCUGGAGUUGUCUGGUCAUCCACAUGAAGGUGUUGCAGAGAAAGCAGUCACACCAUUGAGAGAUGACAUCAGGAAUCCAUUUUGGGUGACGACCAAACCCGUGAACCCAGACAGUCACUACAUGCCAGAAACAGGACAAUGCCUGCAUGGACUGGCAUCCCUGGUUGGGCCGCAGGAGAUGAAGGAGCAUUCGGGAGUAAUGACAGGGCAGCACCAGUGUCGAUUUUCCGGUGCAAAACCUUCUGAUAAACCUUGCUUAUUUGGUGCAAAGGAGAUUGCUGAUACACAGUUGACAUGCAUGUCAGCAGCUGGAAUAUGCUGUUGGAAUUUUGGGUUACAAAUGGGAGACCAAGGAUUACUAUGUAAUUACAAUAUGGCUUAUGAAAACAUUAUUGGCAGAAUAAUGUGCACAUGCCUAGCUUGUAGGCAAAAACAAUCAGAACAACUUAGCAGUCUGCAAAAAUAUAUCAGACUUCAGCUAAAGAAGGAUCUGGAUGUUGUAAUGCUUGAGCAUGAACUUCAUUGUCUGGUGCUAUCUGAUCAUGUCAUGUAUAAAUUAUUCUGCAUGCCUUGCACAUCUGUGUCCAUGAUGCAUAACUGCCAGAUGUUGCAUUAUGAAUUUGAAGGAACUCUAAACAAGCAGCCACCACAGGCAUUUUUAUGGCAGAAUGUUCACUUAAAAGUGGAUGAUUCUGAUAUUUCACAAUCAGUGGAAUUGGAGCUAAUCAUGUCAUGUAUUGGUGAUUAUGUGCACGAUAGUUCACAAGAACAAGUCAAUUGGCAUUUUCUACCUGGGCCUUGUGUGUCUGGGACCCAUGAUGCAAAACUUAUCUAUCAGAUUGUGUGCCAGCUUGUGCUACUGCUCAAGCUGUCAUUUCCAGAGCUUGAGAAACUGAUGUAUCCUUUCCCAUGGUGCGUAGCAACCUUGUCAAACAUAUGCACUAUUAUGUUGACUGAUGUGUUCAUAUGUCGGGCAGAAUUACAAGAAUUUGUCUGUAGUAUUAUAAUAAAAAGUACAAGUCAUCACUGGGUCUACAUUUGCAAGAUACACAAUAAUUUUAACAAUCUUAACACUGAGCAUCCACAAAGUCUCUCUGCAGCAGUUAGCCUCAUGUGUCUUAUUGUGUGGGGCAUUAUAGGUUGGCAGCAUGUGUUUGGUGGUCCAGCAGUGUGGAAGAGUUGUUCUGUGCAUGAGGAAACUCCAUGGAGCAUGUCAGAAGGCAGUUUAGAUUGUAUCUUUCUGCUUAAAUGUGUGCAUAUUGUGUUGCCACCAGGCGAAAGUGUUCCUAGUAACAAGAUGUCAUCAAUGCCUCUAACUUAUGUGGUGGCAAUCCAUUCGACCCUGGCAGCAACGGAGGUCACUCACAUGGACACAACUGUCAACACCACCGAAGCUGACCAGACACCAAUGGCGACUGCCACCCCAGAGGGCAACGCUGACACCACCCCCGACGUGACGAUGAAACUGAACGAUCUGGAGGCUACGUGUUUGGUUAGCGCCCAGGUUGGCAAGAAAACCCAAGAUGUUGAGAAUGAUCAACGCACCAACAAAGAAGCGGAUUCUAAAUCAAUGGGAAGCGACGACAACACCGGAUUACCAAUCUCCAGCUCUUCCUCAGUGACUGUGGCAAAUGAAAGGGCUGACGUUUCUCCUAAAAAACACAAAAAGCGACAGAUCGCUCACAAGGAUGCUGAGAAAACAGCUCCACUGCUGUGCGAGAAAGGUGCGCAAAUUGCCCACGAAUUAAUGGACGUAACUCUUGGCAGGACAGAUGCAAAGCAAUUGAGUGGCUACAACCAGGCGAUAGCAGUGACCACGCCGAACUCUGGGGUUGGAAAUCACACUGCAGCAGACAAGGAUCGGGUCUCUAAGCAGCUUCUGGGAGAGGGGCGAACAGAACAAUGUCCAAUGGGAAAGGGCUCAGAUCAGAAGAUGGACAUGUCAAAUGCAGGCAGCUGGGCUGAUGAUAUCGAGGACAUGUCGGUGGAUCGAGGACUGACUACGUCUGAACCACAAAGGAGGCUAUGCCAGCGGGGAGAGCAUAAUUACUUCUGUGAUGCAGACAUCGCGAUGCUGCAAGAGGUGGCUCACCAUUUCCUACCCGACUUUCCUGGGUAUGACGUACCGACAAAUACCAUCCCAGAUAGCUCCUCAGGCACAGCUCUGUUGUUCAAAGAGGGUAUUAUUGUCUUGGACGUGGAAAGACUAGAGUCUGGCAGAGGAAUCUCGUGCCUUAAUAAUGGAGUUCGAUUGACAAACAUCUAUGCUCCCUCGGGGAAUCAAAAUAGAGCUGCCAGAGCACAUUUUUAUGCUACUGACUUAUUGUGUCUUUUACAGAGGAAUGAGGAGGACGUGAUCGUUGGCGACAGAAUUUAUGUAGGAAAAUGCCUGCGGGACAAGAUCUGUGUAACAGAGACGUGGCUGUUGUACUUCUCCAACCACGAGGCAUAUCACUGUACAAUCCGAAUGGUACGGCGGGGAACGUACAGUGGCAGAGCAGGUUGGAAGCUGAAUGUUUCAAUACUCAAUGGUCAAGGUUUAAGAGAACGGGUGCAGGAAGUAUGGGAUCUCUGCUCACGGCGCCAACAAACUUUCCUGUCGGUCACACUGUGGCGGUGCCGCUGCGCAAAGCCCAAACUUAUUAAUUGCCUGAAAUUGUACAGCUAUGAAAGGAGCCGGCAGCAGGAAGAGCUUUUCAAAAUUUAUUUUCGAUGUCUCCGUGAGCUGUAUUCUGCUCCUCAUGUCACACAGGAGAACUUUGUACAGAUCAAAAGGAUUAAGGCGAAGCUAACACUAUUGAAACGAAGACAACUGGAAGGAAUUAAAAUACGUUCUCGCGAUAGUAACAGCGCCUAUGAUGAAAGCCCAUCCUCCUUCCAUCUUGCAAAAGAGAAACGCUGCGCGAGACAGAAAUUGAGUCACCGAUUAAAAACAGAAGAUGGCAGUGUCACCACAACCCAGAAUGAGAUAAAGGAAUAUAUAACCGACUAUUACCGACGGCUGUACAUGUUAGAGCCCACGAAUGACAAGGCAUUUACGACCAUGAAAAACUACCUUACAGCGACCCUCAAUGAGAUGGACAGACGACUAUUACUAAGUGAUGUCACUGAGGAAGAACUUCGGGAGCCUUUGAGGAAGGCUCAGGGGCAGACAAUCCCUGUGGUCAACAGCAUUUCCAAGCAAAUAAUGACGGAAAUUGGUUGGUAUAUUUGGAGGGGCAAAAUAUUCAAAGUGGGAAUUAAUGUUAUUACUCUCCCACCAGGGAAAGUGGGCCUAGGGCUAAUAGAUGUUGAAAUUAAAUGCAAGGCUCUUCUUAUACAGAGAACUAUUCAUCUGUUUCAAGACUACCCAGAUAGCGUGCUCCAUAUGGCCCUACGGAUGACAGCUAGACAGACAAUCUCCAUCACAUCGGUGUUGCAACCUGAUGGCACUUACUACCCCAUCACAAAGAAAAAUAUAUGGACAUGGCUGACAGGACAUACUCUGCAUUACCUAAUUAAAGCCGAAGAUGCGCCAUCUUACCAGGGCUACAAGGUAUAUCUAGCCACACAAGCACAACUGCUGAUGAAGGAUGACAAAUACAGACAAAAAAGCCAGGCUGAGAAGGUAGAAAUUGGUGAGUGCAAGGAUGGGUUGAAGGGGAGGAAGGAGACCCAAAAAAAAUUUAAAACAAAAAUUAAAAAAAGUGUUAUGGAGAAAUUUAGAAAACUUCUUACAUCCUAUCAUCAACAAAUUGAUGAUAUCAAUAAACUCCAGGAUUCUCAAGAUAUUGGGAUUUUCCAGUUAGUCUUUGAGAGAUUAAAGGGAACUGUAUUGCCAGUUACGACAGCUUUAUUAGGUGCAGUUGAGCUUACGUUACCACGAAUAUCAUUAACAUUAAAAAAUACACUCAUGUCAGAGUUUGCAUUCCAGUGGUUGUUGUGGGUAAUUGACUUUCAUUACUAUUUGAUUCUGUAUGAAGCCUCAGAAUUUGCAGUUAUUUUACUUGUUGAGCAGAAACUACGACCUGUUCUCGUACAUCCUUGCUCAAAACUCCCUACUCUUUUGCUAACAAAAACACCUGGAAUUAUAGCCAUUUUGAAAUUCCUGUUUUGUCCAGCACAAUUGACAGAAUAUGCUACAAUAUUCUUCAGACCAUUAUUCAGUCGUACUGAUCUUGGCGUAUUCACUUUAUUUUACAUUGAAACUUUAAAUCUCAAAAUAACUCAUCAUAAUAGUAAAUUAUAUCAUUUCAGUGAUUUAAGUGUGAAGGAUGUAGUAAUUCCUGUACUACGUGAUUUGAGAUGUAUUUCAGACACAACACUCUCAGGAAACAUUAUUUAUUUUUUCUUUCAUGAGAAGUUGAUCUUUCUACUGUGGUUAAACUUUAUAAAUGACUUGUCAAUCUCUAAAUUAGUUGGAAAUAGAAUUCUUUAUCUAAAUAUUGGCACUUCACUCAAAAUAGAUGUUAUUAAGUCUGUCUGCCACAAACUACUGUGGUGGAAGCUUCUUCUUUCACACCAGGAAGAAUUGAUAGCUACUUGUAUAAAUGACAAAUUCAGGAGUAAUUCAGAUGGAGUUAAGGUUAUUAUCCUUUGUGGAAACAUGAUCAACUGGAACCCUGACAAAAUGAUAUUACAACCACAGAGGAAUAGAUGGUUUGUUAAAGAGACGAAGGAAGGGAGAGUAGAUUUUAAUGUACUAUUGCAGAGAGGGUCAUCAGGGCUUCUGCCAAAACCAUCUGCCCAGUGGGCACAGGUUCUUCAGGAUCUCAAAGGACUAUUUUUAAAGCCAAUGUGGCUAAUGAAGGUAAAUAAAUAUUCACAUUUCCUGCACAUUUUAAUUGGCAAAGAAAAGAUAGAUGACCUUGUUACUGAAGCUGGAGAAGCCCAAGCUUUUCUGGAACUGGAACCAAGGACAACGAUACAGUUUGUUGAAUAUCUUACUUUCCUUGACUCAGCUCAGCAUAAGGUUGAUAUGAUGGAAACUCAGAUGGAUUAUUGUAAGGAGCUCUAUGACAUUAUUGAUGAAUUCCAGAUACCAUGUGCACCGGAAGAUCAAGUAAAUUACUUGGGCUUCAGUGUAACUUUAUCAGCACUUCGUAGUGUGGUAGAUGGAAAGCUAACUGAAUAUCCAAAAAUACUGAGCAAGUUUGAUGACCAGAUAAACAGAGACAUAAGUUCAUUAUUCUCUGAUGUUGGAGAUGUGAAGGAUGAGGUUACGCAACCGUGGUUGAUUGAUGUGAACUCAAACCCAGAAGAAGUUAAGCUGACCCUGAAUAUGCUCAGUGAGCAACUGGCAGAAUUCCAGAAAAAGGCAGCUGAAUACAGAGGAUACCAGAGACAAUUCAAACUGGAAAUCACAAAAUUUGAACUUUUAGAUGAAGUCCUUAAUGAUGUCAAAUUACGUCAACUUCUGUGGGAGAGUGUUGAGAAAUGGGACAAGUUAAUACAAGAGUGGUAUGAAGCUGAUUUCAGCACAUUGGAUCCAGAGGAAAUGAAUGUGACAACAAUGCGCUUUAUUAAGAACAUUCUGCAACUGGAAAAAGGAUUACCAGAAAAUUUGAUCCUUCCUCAGCUGAAAUAUAAUGUUGAACUAAUGAAAGAUAAGAUGGCAGUGGUCACAUAUUUACGUAAUCCAUCAUUAAAACCACGUCAUUGGCUCCAAAUAGAAGGUGUACUGAAGUAUAAAUUUCCUACAGAAGAGCCUAUUACAUUGCGUUUGUUGGAAUGUAUAGGAGUUUUCACAUUUCCAGAUGAACUUCAAGAAAUUUCAGGGCAGGCAAGCUCUGAAUCUGGAUUGGAAUCAUUGCUACAGAAAGUCGAAGAUGCAUGGAAAACAAUUGAAUUUGUUGUCUUACCUCACAGGGAUAGCAAGGAUGUGUUCAUUCUUGGAGGGCUUGAGGAAAUACAGCAAGUUUUAGAUGAUAGUAAUAUUAAUAUGAGCACAAUAACAAGUUCACGUCAUGUGGGGCCUAUCAAGCCAAGAGUGGAUGAGUGGGCCAGUCAGCUUCAGUUGUUUAGUAAUACUUUGGAUGCAUGGAUGCUAUGCCAACAAGGAUGGAUGUAUUUAGAGUCUAUUUUUUCUGCUCCAGAUAUACAAAGGCAAUUGCCUCAAGAAGACAAGAUGUUUAAUAUUGUUGAUAAAUCAUUUAAGGAUAUAAUGAGAAGGGCUGCAGAGAAUCCACUGGCUAUGCAAGCAUGCACAGCUCCAGGUUUACUGGAGACAUUCAAUAGAAAUAAUGUCCUACUUGAUCAAAUUAUGAAAUGUUUGGAGGCUUAUCUGGAAACUAAACGUGUUGCAUUUCCACGAUUUUAUUUCCUUUCCAAUGAUGAACUUCUAGAAAUUUUGGCACAGACGAGAAACCCAUUUGCAGUACAGCCACAUUUAAGAAAAUGUUUUGAUGCUAUUGCAAAACUGGAAUUUGGUGUGCAUGAGAAGGAGGGAGAAUCUGGUGAAACAGCCGCAACAGUAAUGACUACUGACAUUGUAGCAAUGAUAUCACCAGAAGGAGAGAGAGUAGCUCUUGGACAGGGUUUAUAUGCAAGAGGAAAUGUUGAAGAUUGGUUAGGGAAAGUUGAAGAAUACAUGUUCCUCACUCUUAGAAAGCGAAUGAAAUUUGCUAUUGGUGACCACAACAAUAGUGAAAGAGAAGUUUGGGUGGUUUCCCAUCCAGCACAGAUUAUAUUGACUGUAUCUCUUAUAAUAUGGUGCGAGAAUGUACAUCUUGUAUUUAUGCCAGACAAGAAUAUUAAGCAAGCCCUGGCUGCAUUUGAAAAGAAAUGUUUUCAGGAUUUGAACAGUCUUGCAGCAAUGGUGAGAGGUGACUUAAGUAAACUAAAUCGAAUGAUAAUCUGUUCACUUAUUACAAUAGAUGUUCAUGCAAGAGACAUCAUUACUUCACUAGUGAAACUGAAUGUACAAAACAGCUCUCACUUUGAAUGGUUGAAGCAGCUGCGUUAUUACUGGGAGGAAGAUAUAGACAACUGUGUUGCACGAAUGUCAAGUGCAUGUUAUGUUUAUGGAUAUGAGUACCUGGGAGCAUCUCCACGCUUGGUGAUAACACCUCUUACUGAUAAAUGUUACCUUUGCCUGAUGGGUGCUUUGCAACUAGACUUAGGUGGAGCUCCUGCAGGACCAGCAGGUACAGGGAAAACAGAGACUACAAAAGAUCUUGCUAAGUCAUUGGCUAUACAGUGCGUAGUGUUCAACUGCUCAGAAGGUCUGGAUUAUAAGAUGAUGGGUCGGUUUUUCUCUGGUUUGGCACAGUCUGGUGCAUGGUGCUGCUUUGAUGAAUUCAAUCGAAUUGACAUUGAAGUAUUGUCAGUUAUUGCACAGCAACUAAUUACAAUAAGAAAUGCCAAGGCUGCAAAACUCGCCAGAUUUGUAUUUGAAGGAAGGGAGAUUAAGCUUAUACAAACUUGUGCUGCUUUUAUUACAAUGAACCCAGGAUAUGCUGGCAGGACAGAGUUACCAGACAACUUAAAAGCACUUUUCCGGCCAAUAUCCAUGAUGGUUCCUGACUAUGCUCUUAUUGCAGAAGUAAUCCUUUAUUCUGAAGGUUUUGAGUCAUCCAAGAAUCUUGCAAACAAGAUGGUGCAAAUGUAUAAACUAUGCAGUGAGCAACUAUCUCAGCAGGAUCACUAUGACUUUGGGAUGAGGGCAGUAAAAAGUGUGCUGGUUAUGGCUGGUUCUCUGAAGAGAGAGAAUCCUGAUAAGAGUGAAGAUGUUGUACUUAUUAGAGCAUUGAGAGACAGUAAUCUUCCAAAAUUCCUCACUGAUGAUGCUACAUUAUUUCAGGGUAUUUUAGGUGAUCUGUUCCCUGGUGUUGAGAUCCCAGAGCAGGAUUAUGGAGUCUUACAAGCUGCUAUAAUAACAGUCAUGGAAGAGAAUGAUUUGCAGCCAGAAUCAUGUAUGAUUGCAAAGGUGAUACAGUUCCACGAGACAAUGAUUGUUCGACAUGGUGUUAUGCUUGUUGGCCCUACAGGGGGUGGAAAGACAACUGUUAUAAAUGUACUGAAAGAUACCCUCACUAGACUACAUGCUGAUGGUGUACCAGGGCCUGUUUAUCGGCCUGUAAUAACAUAUGUAUUAAAUCCCAAAUCUGUAACUUUAGGAGAGCUUUAUGGUGAAGUGAAUUUACUAACAAUGGAAUGGAGAGAUGGCCUCUUAGGAAUCAUGGUUCGCACUGCUUGUGAAGAUGAAAUACAUCAGUGGGUAAUCUGUGAUGGUCCGGUAGAUGCAGUCUGGAUUGAGAAUAUGAAUACUGUCCUAGAUGACAACAAAAUGUUAUGUUUGGCAAACUCAGAACGUAUAAAACUCACACCUUGGGUCCACAUGGUCUUUGAGGUGCAAGAUUUAGCACAAGCCUCCCCUGCUACAGUCAGUCGCUGUGGGAUGGUCUAUAUAGAUCCUGAAGAAUUGCAGUAUAUGCCAUAUGUAAACACUUGGCUGAAGAAUCUUGGUGCACCAAUGCCACCUGAACUUAAAGAUUAUGUCAAGCAGUUGUAUGAAGGUUAUGUUGACAAAGGACUGACCUUUGUUAAGAAAAACUGCAACCAUGCAAUAGCACAGGCAGAUAUCAGCAAAGCUACUAUGCUUUGUGGGCUGAUGGAGAGUCUAAUUAUGUCACCUGGAAGUAUUGAUAAAACGUCUGAUGCUUCUCGAAUAAAAAAUUUCCUCUGCCAGGCCUAUGUGUUUUCAUAUCUUUGGUCCCUUGGUGGCAACCUCACUGAUGCAUCCCAAGAAAAAUUUGAAAUCUUUGUGAAGGAGCAGUUUGAUGACCAUCCAGAUGCACGUUUGCCAGCUGCUGAUGAUCUGUGGAGUGUGUAUGUAAACAUUCCACAAAAAAGAAUGAGCCUUUGGAGCAGCAUAGUGCCGGCUUUUCAAUUUGAUCGGGAAAUGCCUUUUUUUGAAAUGUUAGUACCAACUACUGAUACUGUCCGUUUUGGUUAUGUAACUGAGAGGUUACUUUCUGUCAAGAGGCAUGUCUUACUCACAGGAGACACAGGUGUUGGGAAAUCUGUCAUUGCUAAAGAGGUUCUGAACAAAUUGUUAGCACAAGGAGAUCAUAUUACUGUGGCACUGAAUUUUUCUGCCCAGACAAGCAGUAGUCGCACACAAGAAAUAUUUGAAGCUAAGUUGGAGCGAAGAAAAAAAACUGUGCUGGGCCCUCCACUUGGCAAAAAACUUGUUUUCUUUGUGGAUGAUGUCAACAUGCCAAAGCUGGACACCUAUGGUGCCCAGCCUCCAAUUGAAUUAUUAAGACAAUAUCUUGACUUUGGUGGGCUGUAUGACAGAGAGAAAUUGUUCUGGAAAGAAAUUCAAGAUGUUGUUGUUAUAGCAGCAUGUGCACCACCUGGAGGUGGAAGGAAUCCAUUGACUCCUCGAUUUGUGCGCCAUUUUUCUAUGCUGUUUAUUCCUUCACCUUCUGAGUUCACACUGAAAAAUAUUUUCAAGGUAAUACUGCGUGGCUUUCUUAGUGAUUUCACAAACCCAGUGAAAGACUUAGGAGAUAUUAUUGUAAAUUCAUCAGUGGAAAUAUAUAAUCGAAUAUCAGAAGACCUCCUGCCCACACCUGCAAAAUCCCACUAUGUCUUCAAUCUACGUGAUUUAUCAAAGUGUAUACAAGGUGUACUGCAAGCAGAUGCUGGCACUGUGAGGGAAGCUAUCCAGAUGAUGAGGUUGUUCUAUCAUGAAUGCCUGCGAGUUUUUCAUGACCGUUUAAUAAAUAUUGAAGAUAAAAGCUACUUUUAUAAAUUAAUGUAUGAGGUAUGCAAUCGCACCUAUGGAGAUCCUGUCAUUCAGUUGCCUGAAGAGGAAAUAAUUCUUCGCCCGCCUGUUCUUCUCUUUGGCGAUUUCAUGGUUAUGGGAGCAUCUAAAGAGGACAAAGUAUAUGAAGAAAUAACAGACAUUGAGAAGUUCAAGAAAGUAGCUCAGGACUAUUUAGAAGACUACAACUUAACCACACCCAAAGAAAUGAAACUUAUAUUUUUUAUGGAUGCUCUGGAACACAUAACUCGGCUGGCACGAAUUUUAAGAGCAGAAAGAGGAAAUGGACUGCUGGUGGGUGUAGGAGGAAUGGGUAAGCAAAGCUUGACCCGACUUGCAGCACAUCUCUGUGGAUACAAGUGUUUUCAGAUUGAGCUGACACGUAAUUAUGAUCACGCAUCAUUCCAUGAUGAUCUUCGUUUAUUAUAUUUUAAUGCAGGUGCAUUGAAUCAGGACACAGCCUUUCUCUUUACAGAUUCACAGAUUGUGUCAGAGGAAUUUCUAGAAGAUAUCAACAACAUUUUGAACUCAGGUGAAGUGCCUAAUCUUUUUGAAUCUGAUGAGUAUGAAAAAGUUAUCAUUGCAUCAAGGAAUGAUGCAAAGGAGGCAGGUAUUGAUGAAGGAAACAGAGAUGGAAUAUUUGAGUUUUUUAUAAGCAGAGUUAGAAGCAGGCUCCAUUUAGUUUUAUGUAUGAGUCCUGUGGGAGAUGCCUUUAGGCGAAGGUGCCGUAUGUUUCCCUCCUUGGUUAACUGUUGCACAAUUGACUGGUUUGUGGAAUGGCCUCAAGAAGCGCUGCUGUCAGUAGCAAGCACAACACUUGCAGAAGUUGGUAGUGAGGAACUAAUUGAAAAACUCUCUACAAUGUGUGUCACAAUUCAUGAGAGUGUGGCACAAAUGACAAUACGUUUCUACAACGAGAUGCGGCGGUAUUAUUACACAACUCCAAGUAGCUACUUGGAACUCUUGAAGCUGUACUUGACUAUGCUGCAGAAUAAGACAGACCAGUUACAAAAGAAACAUGACCGUAUUGCUAAUGGCCUACGGAAACUGUAUGAAACAAAUGAAUUAAUCGAUAGAAUGAAGAUUGAAUUGACUGCAAUGGAACCAGAACUGAAGCAGAAAUCAAUAGACGCAGUUGAACUUAUGAAGCAUUUAGUAAAAGAGCAGGCACAAGCAGAUAAAGUGAGGAAGAUUGUGGUGGCAGAUGAGGCAGUCGUAAAGGUAAAAGCCCAAGAAACUCAGCAGCUAGCAGAUGAAGCACAACGUGAUCUAGAUGCAGCACUGCCAGCAAUGGAAGCAGCUAUGAAGGCUCUGGAAUCACUCAAUAAGAAUGAUAUCAAUGAACUUCGUGUGUUUACUAAACCACCACAACUAGUCAAAUUUGUUAUGGAAUCUGUAUGUCUUCUUAUGGGUGCGAAAACUGACUGGGCUUCAGCAAAAACCCUGCUUGGAGACACUAACUUCCUGAAGAGGCUUCAAGACUAUGAAAAGGACAAUAUAACAGACAACAUGUUGAAGAAACUGAAACAGUAUGUGGAUCAUCCAGACUUCACCCCUGAGACUGUCGCAGGUGUAUCAAAAGUUUGUAAAUCGAUAUGCAUGUGGGUACGAGCAAUUGAUUGUUAUGCCAAAGCAUAUCGUGUUGUACAGCCAAAGAAAGCUAAGCUGGCAGCAGCAGAACAGGAACUCAAUCAAAUAAUGUCAGUACUGCGUGAGAAACAGCAAGCAUUGGCAGCAGUAGAGAAACAGAUUGCAGACCUGGAAGCAACAUAUGACAGAAGUGUCAAUGAGAAAGCAGAGCUUGAACGAAUGAUGGAACUCACUGCUAACCGUCUGGUUCGUGCUGGUCACCUCACAACUGCUCUUGGUGAUGAGCAGCUGCGAUGGGAGAAAUCUGUUAAGGAUUUAAAAGAAGCACUGAUAACAGUUGUGGGAGAUGUUCUGGUGGCUGCUGCAUGUGUUGCUUACCUAGGGGCAUUUACAAACAAUUAUCGUGUAGAGCUAGUUCAAAAGUGGGUCGAACAUAUCAUGGCUUUGGAGAUUCCUGCAUCUGAGGUUUUCAGUUUAAUCAAUAUUCUGGCAGAUCCAUUUGAAAUAAGACAGUGGAAUGUCUAUGGAUUGCCACGUGAUAAUGUCUCAACAGAAAAUGCAAUAAUGGUCACUAAAGGCAGUAGAUGGCCUCUGAUGAUCGAUCCUCAAGAACAGGCAAGCAGAUGGAUAAGACAAAUGGAAAGUGAAAAUCAAAUAAAAAUCGUGAAACUGACAGAUGCAGGAUUUAUGCGGUCACUUGAAGGUGCUGUUCGAGUUGGUAUGCCUGUAUUACUUGAAGAAUUAGGGGAAACAUUGGAUCCCACUCUUGGACCAAUACUUCUACGCCAGACAUUUGUCCAGGGUGGAAGACUUCUCAUUCAUCUUGGUGAUUCAGAUGUUGAAUAUGAUCCUAAUUUCCGUUUUUAUAUGACAACCAAGCUCUCCAAUCCUCACUACCUUCCUGAAGUGUGCAUACAAGUGACAAUUGUUAAUUUCACUGUUACUCGUUCAGGACUAGAAGAUCAGCUUUUGAGUGAUGUUGUCCGCCUGGAGAGACCUGAUCUGGAGAAACAACGAAAUGAACUAAUAACUAGGAUUAAUAAUGACAAAACACAACUGCAGAAUAUUGAGGAUAAAAUAUUAAGAAUGUUGUUUACAUCCGAGGGUAACAUUCUUGAUGAUGAAGAGCUAAUUGAAACACUUAAUAAAAGCAAGGAAACUUCUGGAACCAUUGCAGCCAGACUUGUUGAGGCAGAAGCAACUGAACAAAAAAUUUCUGUUGCUAGAGAGAAAUACAGAACUGUGGCUGCUCGUGGUUCUGUUUUAUAUUUUGUUGUUGCACAGUUGGCAGAAAUUGAUCCCAUGUAUCAGUACUCACUACGAUAUUUUAAUCAGGUCUUCAACACAGUAAUUGAAACAAGUGAAAAAUCAGAUAUACUGGACGUCAGAUUAAUGACACUCCUCGCUGCAAUUACACUUGCAGUGUAUACAAAUGUUUCACGUGGUUUAUUUGAACGACACAAGUUGGUGUUCAGUUUUCUACUAUGUAUAAAUAUAUUAAAACAUGCUGGUGAGAUAACAGAAGCUCAGUGGGGAUUUCUUUUAAGAGGACCAAUGUCUGCAAAAAAGGACCUUCCAAAGAAGCCUGAUAUCCCGACUCUCUCAGAUGCUAUGUGGAUGGCUGUCAACUUCUUGGAUGAUGCAUUUCCUAGUUUCAAGGGCAUCACAAAUGAUGCACUAAAAGCCAUACCAGUAAUGAUUGGAACUUUUAAACAGGUAAUAAAUCUUACCAAUGAUUCAGCAGCACCUAUUGUUGAAAGCUGGGAUCAAACUCUUAGCAUGUUUGAGAAGCUAAUGCUUCUAAAAGCACUGAAAGAAGAAAAGCUUGUUUUUGCUAUUACUGCCUUUGUGAGAGAAAAGCAAGGCCAAAGUUUUAUCGAAAGUCCGCAAGUCAGUUUACAUGUUCUCUACAAGGAUACCUCAAAUGUUGUGCCUCUCAUAUUUGUUUUGAGCACUGGAUCUGACCCUUUUGGAGCAUUUCAAAGGUUUGCUACAGAGAAAGGAUUCAGAGACAGAAUUCUGUCUAUUUCAUUGGGGCAAGGUCAAGGUCCAGUUGCUGAAAAACUUAUUGGUACCGGCACAGCAAACGGAGACUGGGUCUUUUUGCAGAACUGUCACCUUGCAACUUCAUGGAUGUUAUCUAUGGAAAAAAUCAUCAUUGGUUUCUCAGAGAAUCCAGAACAAGUUAAUCCUGAUUUCCGCUUAUUCCUCAGCUCAAUGCCAUCAAAAUCUUUUCCUGUGUCUGUUCUUCAGAACUCUGUAAAGGUUACAAAUGAACCACCAAAAGGUCUUCGUGCAAAUAUAAAAAGGGCAUUCCUUGAACUUACAGAGGAUUUCUUUGAAGAUCACCCACUUGGUCCAGACUGGAGAAAAAUGAUAUUUGGCAUAUGUUUCUUCCAUGGAGUAAUUCAAGAACGUAAGAAGUUUGGUCCACUUGGCUGGAAUAUUACAUAUGAAUUCAAUGACAGUGACAGAGAGUGUGCAUUAAAUACAAUGAAGAUGUUCUGUGCUGAAAACUCAAUUCCUUGGGAUGCUCUUGAAUAUAUCACUGGGGAAAUAACAUACGGAGGCCGUGUUACUGAUUCAUGGGACCUCAGAUGUCUCAAAACAAUACUGAAAGGAUUUUUCUCACCAAAAAUUUUAAAGUCAGGAUAUAUUUAUUCUGCAUCUGGUGUCUACUAUUGCCCUGAAUCUGAAGAUUUUUCGACACUGGAGCAGUACAGAAACUUUAUAGACCAACUUCCAAUUAUAGAGGAACCAGAGAUUUUUGGAAUGCACGAAAAUGCAAAUAUAGCUUUUCAGGUAAAGGAAACACAGACAGUCAUUCUUACAAUUCUUGAUGUCCAACCUCGAGAAUCAAGUGGAGCAGAAGGAAAAUCCAGUGAUGAAAUAAUAUUUGAACUUGCAGAUGCAAUAAGAGGACAAAUUCGGAAGAAGUUGGAUCCAGAUGAAAUUCACCCAUCUCUUCUUGUACGUGAUGAAAAAGGACGAUUGCCUUCUCUAACAACUGUUUUACUGCAAGAGACUGACCGAUUUAAUAAACUGUGCCAUACCCUGCAUUCUUCACUUGACAAUCUUCAGAAAGCCAUUAAGGGCUUGGUGGUGAUGUCAGAAGCCCUAGAAGAGAUGUUUAUCUCCUGCAUGAAUAACCAGGUGCCAAAAAUGUGGGCAACAGUGGGAUACUUAUCUCUUAAGUCACUUGGAAGCUGGAUACGUGAUCUUGAAACAAGACUUGACUUCAUACAGACAUGGUUAACAAGUGGACAGCCUAUCUCAUUCUGGAUAUCUGGCUUCUUUUUCCCACAAGGUUUUCUGACAGGUACUUUACAGACGCAUGCACGAAAAUAUGAACUGCCUAUUGAUCAACUGAAAUUUGAGUUCACAGUACAAAAGGUGGUACUAGAUCAGGAACUGCUGAAGGCAGCACACUAUCAAGCAGAAGGAAAAGAGGUUCCAGAAAUGUAUGAAGGACUAAAAAGACCAAGUGAUGGAGUCCUCGUGCAUGGAAUAUUUCUAGAUGCUUCAAGAUGGGAUCUUCAGACAAUGACACUGUGUGAUCCAAAUCCUGGCGAAAUGAAUCCUCCUCUUCCUGUGACCUUACUGACGCCCGUAACUGCACUUACUUACAAAGGAAUAAGAUAUGUCGCACCACUGUAUAAAACAUCUGAACGUGCUGGGGUGCUUUCAACUACGGGUCACAGUACCAAUUUCGUCAUUGCUUUUUAUCUACCUUCAAAGCAAGAGGAAAGUUACUGGAUUUUGAAAGGUGCAGCUCUGUUAACGCAAAUAACGGACUGAAUAUGCAUACUAGUUAUUUGCACGUUUAUUUAUUUUUUUUAUUUAGGUUGGUGUUGUGUCCUGCAACGUAG